AGUGUGUAUUAAUUAAUCUGACUAUGUUUCCAGUGACAUUAGAAUAAAUAUAAUUUUAGUUUUAUGUGUAAAGAACUGGUACACCGAGUUCGGCGCUAGUGCAGUGACUAGAGUGUAUAAAUGUUGACUGUAGUAUUUAUUGUUUGGUGUUACGUUCGAGACGCUGUAGGUUCAAUUCUUGGUUGGACGACAAAUGGAAAUCGUAUGAUUGGAUUCUCAAACGGAGUAAGAAGACUAAGUAUCAAGAUUGGGCAAACUAAACCAAGCAAGAUGUCGUUUGGUGGACUUCACUGUAAGGCACGGUGUGAGAUUUAUCCACGUACAAAAGAUGUGAAGAGAUUUAAAGUUCCUGAUGAUAAAGUGAGAUGGAACGUACCCUUCCCAGAAUAUAGUCCAACAACCUUCACCACAGAGACAGUACUUAGUGGGCCAUAUUACGCAGAUCCAGAUAUAUGUUCUGGGAAAGGGGAGAUAACCAAAUGGAAUGAAAUUGAUGGCAAAGUUAGUCGAGUCAGCUUUGAAGGAAAAUAUGAAGUUGUGGAUGGCCUGCCAUUAAACCCUGUGGGAAGAACAGGCCUCAAGCACAGAGGAUGUUUAGGACGUUGGGGACCUAACCAUGCAGCUGAUCCAAUAGUCACAAGAUGGAAAAGAACUGAUGAUGACGAGAUUGUGAAGGGAGAAGAUGGUAAACCUGUCAUGGAGUUUGUGUCAAUACAAAGACGAGAUAACGGAGAGUGGGCCAUUCCAGGUGGUAUGGUAGAACCAGGAUCAUUAGUUAGUGCUACAAUUAAACAAGAAUUUGGAGAAGAAGCUAUGAAUUCAUUAGAAAUGUCAGAAGAAGAAAAGAAGGAGAUGCAUGAUAAGAUUGAAGAUUUCUUAUCACACGGGGACAAGGUCUAUGAGGGUUAUGUAGACGACCCUAGAAACACAGACAACGCCUGGAUGGAAACUACAGCAUAUCAUUUCCAUGAUGACGAUGGAACCAAAGUAGGACAGUUUAAUUUACAUGCAGGUGAUGAUGCAAUGGCUGUUCAGUGGAUGGUCUGUAAUAGUUCUAUAAACCUGUAUGCUAGCCAUACAUCAUUUUUACAACAAGCAGCAAAGAGAAUAGAUGCAAGCUGGUGAUCAUGUGACAUCUAUAGCCUGUUAUCAUGUGACACUUAAAAACUGUUGCCAUGUGAAAAUUAUAAACUGUUAUCAUGUGACAUGUACAGACUUUUAUCAUGUGACAUUUAUAGCUUGUUAUCAUGUGACACCAAACGGCUUAUCAUUAUCAUGAUAAAUAUAUAUACCGUCUCAUUUUCAUAAUUUAUUUAUAAUUACUAAUUUACAAUUUUUUUUAUUAGUUGUUUUCCUCCUUAUAAGGUCUUUCAUAUACAAUUUUCUUAAACUUUAAAUAAAACUUUAUUUGUUCAACCACUUGAAAAGGGAGGGGUUAUUUGUUGUUCCUCUUUUCUGUUUGUCCAUCACAUUUUAAAUUUCAUACAUUACGAACUGAGGCAUCCCCAGGCCAUCCCCUAUGCAUCCUGAAAUUGCAAUACAAGUAAUGUUUCAGAUGCUAAAUAGUUAUGUUCCUGGCUUGGAAAACAUGUUUAUUGGGGAUAUGUAAGAGGGAUGUUAAGCCAGGGUGACUGCACAUUUAUAACAAAAGAUUUAUUAUGAAAUUAUGAAUGGUUUGAAAGUUUUUUGGUUGUGGUUCUUUCCUGUUACUCCGAUUUCCUCCACAAAUAAAAUCUGACCGCCAUGACAUAGGCUGGUGUGCGUAUCAUAUAUUUAUUGCUGAAUCAUCAAUUUACAGGGGUUAGAAUAUAAUACUUUUGUAUAUUCUCUUUCUUGUGGUGGUCUAAUGAAAUACAGUUGUAAAAAAUAACCCCUAAAAAUGUUUUAUUCAAAUGUAAAAUUAUUAGGGAUAUUUGGCUAGAUCUACUUUAAUGGUAUUAAUAAUAUAAUUUGUGUUGUGGUCACAAACAUGUAUUUAGUAAAUCUUUCAUUGUAUUUAUUCUGGUUAUAAGAAUUUUAUUUUUGCAAUGUAUAUCACCCAAGCACAGAUAUUAUUGAAUCUGAAAUAUAUUUUAUCAGCAGUUAAACUUCGAUUUUAUUAAAAAAUCCAUUAGAACCAUAGUUAAUCAGAGCAUUGUAGUAAUAGAUCUAAACAGUAACCCCAAUAUGUAAUUCAUAGCAUAAGGAGUGAAACCUGUUCCAGAAAUAUCUAGUUGCCAAAA